AUGAAGCGCAUGGCUCAUCCGUCAAAGAACUUAGAAGACGUCGGCUUUUUUACCCCAGAUGGAGAGGUCCAGCUUGAGUUCGAAGAUCCAGUAGACAAUCGUACGAUGAAGGUUGAAGCAGUAGAGGACGAGGAUAAUAUAGAUACUGAAACAACCAGCAUGCCGUCUGUCGGGGAUGCUGCCGUGAAGAGUGAUGAAACAAUUAAAAAGGAAAAGAAACCGACGUACUAUGAGCUACUGCAACAACGAAUGCGACAGCGCGAAGCUCAAGCCGCUGGAGGUGAAGAGGAUCAAGUUCAGGACAAAAAACCUCGACUCGAAUGA